GAGUUCGAGUUCGCCUUCGGGAUAUCCACAUCUUUGAUGAAUGUCGGCAAGUCGGCUUUGGACCAUGCCCGCACCCGCUAGUCGUUCUUUCCUCGCCACCUUAUUGGCCAGAAAUUAAAGUACGUACUCCGGCAAGGCACCAGAUUCUAACGCCUAUCUCUCAUCACCAAACGUUCCAGGUUCCACCGCAAGAUCUAUUUAUUUGAUUCAUUCACAGAAACAUUGGCACAUGACCCGUACAACCAUCUCCUGGCGACACCGUGUCUAGGACCAGAAAGAACCUUUGCCAUUGCAAACAGCCAACAGGCGGCACCAUGGCGAACCCGAAUCAAUACUUCCUGCUGGCGGAUCACAUCAAGCUGUCUCUCCUGGAAAGGCAGCGAGCUAUAUCACUGAACCUUGAGCCUACCUCGCAAGACGGUCAUAUAUCUCGGUCACUUGACUCCUUAAAAGAAGGGCUCGAUAACGUCACAAAGGAACGAGUGCGUUUGCAAGAAGCAGGAGACUCAGCCGCAUCAACUACACUUCAAGAAAUAGAAAACAAUCUUCGAUCACAGUACAAUGAUCUAGCAUCCCAAUUCCGGGGAGUCCCUACAGACACCACAUCCUCAACAAUAUCCCAUCCCAACGACCCCGCUCUAUCCGAGGACUUUGCACGAGCUGCGGAACGGCCGAGAGUUGCAUCUUCCUCCUCGUUUCUCAAAAAAUCCCUUCGAGACACAGCAAAUAGUUCUGCCGCUCCCUCCCCAAAGUCCGUCAGAUUCUCUGAUGCACCUUUGGUUCAGGAUGAGGAUGAAGCCCGAAACGCCCUCUUUCCCUAUCGAGACGACCCUACAGCGGGCCCACCAGAUCAAUCUCAUCUGGACAAUCAACAGAUCCAUGCCUAUCAUUCACGGGUGAUAGCCGAACAAGAUGAGGCGUUGGAUAGACUAGGCGAGUCGAUUGGAAGACAGAGGGAACUGAGUAUUCAGAUUGGGGAUGAGUUGGACGAACAUGUUCAGAUGUUGGAUGACGUUGAUAGACAUGUGGAUAGGCAUCAAACAAGGCUCGAUAAGGCGAGGAAGAACCUAGGAACUAUAGCUAGGAAGGCGAAGGACAAUAUGCAGAUGACGAUCAUCGUUGUUCUGAUCAUAAUAUUGGUCUUGUUGAUCAUUAUAUUGAAAUAAAGGUUUCAGGAAAACGGGUGGCUCUCGGAUGUAUCUUAUUGCAUUUGGAGGUGUUCUAGGAGUUCAGCCAUUGAUGGCAGCUGGCUUGUGGUAGAUUGAUCGUCGCUGGCUCCGUGGGCAAAGAAUAUUACAACUCAUAAUACUGUGUUCAAAUGCUCAAACUUCUUUCUACAAGUCCCAAAGGUAAACGAUUGUGUCAUGCACCAUCAAUGUUCCUUGGGAGAAUGGUACAAUUAUCUCUCCUGCUCACCAGGAACCUCGUUUCUACUUCUAGUCCGACUGACUUCGCCAGUUCCAAUAAUCACAACCCAGGAUCUUGACUUGUUCCAUGU